UUUUCCACCCAAUAUGGCAGCCUCCAGUGUUGACAUCACGUCUUCAGAAGAUUUCGAAAAAUUCAUUGAUACGACUGGAAACAGUCUGGUUGUGGUUCACUUUAGUGCUGACUGGGCCCCACAGUGCAAACAGAUGAAUGAUGUCCUGGAUGAAUUAACAAAGGAUACCAGGUUUAUAAAUGUCAGAUUUGUAAAGUUGGAGGCAGAAUCAGCACCAGAAGUGUCUGAGAAGUUUGGAAUAUCAGCUGUUCCAGUAUUUGUUUUUUUAAGAGGCAAGAAAGAAGUAGACCGACUCAAUGGUGCCAAUGCUCCAGAAUUGACCAAAAAAGUAGAGCACCAUGCUUCAGUCGCAGCUACAGCAUUACCUGCUCCAGAAGAGGACAUAACAGUUCGGCUACGGAAGUUGAUCAAUGCGGCUCCAGUGAUGUUGUUUAUGAAGGGCAAUCCACAAGAGCCAAGAUGUGGCUUCAGCAGACAGAUAGUGGACAUUUUAAAUCAACAUGGAGUGCAGUACAGUACCUUUGACAUUUUGUCUGAUCAAACAGUAAGGCAAGAACUGAAAACUUUUUCUGACUGGCCAACAUAUCCUCAGCUAUAUGCCAAUGGAGAACUGUUAGGAGGCCUUGAUAUCGUCAAAGAAUUGGUUGAGACGGGGGAAUUAGAGAGUCAGCUUCCUAAGGCGGAGAAAUUAGAAGACAGGUUAAAAAGUUUAAUAAAUAAGGACAAAAUAAUGCUGUUCAUGAAAGGGAACAGGGAGCAGCCAAGAUGUGGCUUCAGCAAGCAGAUGAUUGCUGUACUGCAGGAUGCAGGGGUAAAAUACAGUACAUUUGACAUCUUGGAGGAUGAAGCAGUAAGACAAGGACUGAAGAAGUACUCAGAAUGGCCAACUUACCCACAACUUUAUGUCAAUGGAGAACUUAUUGGGGGUUUGGAUAUUGUAAAGGAACUAAAAGAAUCUGGGGAACUAGAGAGCACUCUGCAAGGUUGAUGCAUGGAAGUCACAGAAUACCUGAGAUGGAGAAAAAGCAUUAAAGACAGAUGUUACAUCAAGAGCAUGGGCUUAACCUAUACUAGACCUCACCUGGUUAAAACUCAGUAUGUGGUUGAAACUUGGUUUAGAUUAAGUCAGUUUUAGGAAAGUCAUGGUUUUAACAUGCAUUGACCCACUCAGACAUGUAUGUCAUUAAAUAUAUCUUGGGCUAUUAUUUAAAUGGUGGUCCAUUCUUAACGUGACAAUUGUCAUGUAAUUUAAAGUCAAAGGACGUAUUUCUGCUUUGGAAUUAUGAAUGGAGUGGGGAAAACACUUUGUAUUUGAUUAUAUGUUUUUGUAUUUUCAUUUUAUAAGUUGAAAAACAAAAUUACUACAGCAGUGCAUUGCUUCACUAACACACCGCUACGGUCAUUGCCGUAACUUUGUAUUUUCCUUAUACUUAAACGGAGUAAUGGUGCUGAUAAUCUUGGAAUAAAAUUUUAUUCUGAAUAACGAUU